AUGGCCGAGGGUCUUCCAAGGGCUAAAAAUCUCAGCCUUCCUCUUCGCCUCUCGCUUGAGAUUCUCGGGAUUUGCAUCCCCUCACCCAAACAACCUGCCCUUUUUGUGGUUAAAUGGUCGAGACCGUUUAGGGGCUGGGUUAAAGUGAACGUUGAUGGCUCCUCAAGGGGGAACCCAGGCCCCUCAGGUGGUGGUGGACUAGGUAGAGAUAGCAAUGGUAACUUCCUUUUUGCAUUUAAGCUUGGGUAUGGGAGAGGCUUUAAUACGAGGGCGGAGCUUAGGGCGAUUCUAAAUGGCAUUGAGCUGUGUGCCCAAAUGGGGUACUCGAGGGUGGAGAUAGCGAGCGAUUCCAGUAUGGUGGUCGUGUCACUAGCCAAGGAGCUUCCUCCCAUCUCUUCCCUCUACGUGGGUGAUCUGGACCCCUUCAUCUCUGACUCUGACCUCAUAAAAUCCUUCUUCGCUGUGGGCCUCAUCGUUUCUGUCUGCGUCUACCGAGACUCCAUCUCCAAAGCCUCUCUCGGCUACGGCUACGUCAACUUCUUAUCUCCCUCUGAUGGUAAAAUCUUGCUGUCAGGUUUGGCAGGCCUCCUUUUUGGUCUGGGCCUGCUCCGAUCUCUCCAGAGUGUUGUACAGCCUUCGGCUGCCGUUCUUUUGUGA